AUGGCGCCUAAGGGGCGUGGAAGGAGCAAGCUGCCCGCCCCACUGCCGACGGACAUGGUGCUGCGAGACACGGAGGGCAACGCGUGGAGGCUGGGCCGCCAGCUCGGGCAGGGAGGCUUUGGCUUGAUCUAUCUAGCUUCCCCUCAAACUCAUGUUCCUGUAGAAGAUGAUGCUGUGCAUGUAAUUAAAGUGGAGUACCUUGAAAAUGGCCCCUUGUUUUCUGAAGUGAAAUUUUACCAGAGGGCUGCAAAACAAGUGCACAUAAGAAAAUGGAUGCAUCUCAAAAAAAUAAAAUGCUUAGGAAUUCCAGUGUAUUGGGGAUCAGGCUUGGCUGAAUACAAAGGGAAAAGCUACAGGUUCAUGGUCAUGGAGAGACUGGGGCAAGACCUUCAAAGUAUCUUCAAAGAUUCUGGGAGUAGGUUUAAGAAGACGAUUGUUCUGCAGCUUGGGGCACGAAUGUUGGAUGCUUUGGAAUACAUACAUGAAAAUGAGUAUGUUCAUUGUGACAUUAAAGCAGCAAAUCUGCUUUUGGGCUACACCAACCCACAUGAGGUUUAUCUUGCAGAUUAUGGACUUUCCUACAGAUAUUGCCCCAAUGGGAACCACAAACAGUAUCAAGAAAAUCCUAGGAAAGGCCAUAAUGGGACAAUAGAGUUUACCAGCUUAGACGCCCACAAGGGAGUAGCCCCAUCUAGACGAGGUGACCUUGAAAUCCUUGGCUACUGCAUGCUGCAGUGGUUAUGUGGGAAACUGCCCUGGGAGCAGAACCUGAAGGACCCUGUAGCUGUCCAGACUGCGAAAACAAAGCUUUUGGAUGAGCUCCCACAUUCAGUGAUGGAAUGGGAAUCUUCUGGAAGCAAAUCCAGUGAAAUAGCCGAGUUUUUGGCAUGUGUUUACGAUUUAGCUUAUGAGGAAAAGCCAAAGUAUGAAGUGCUAAAGAAAAUCCUGCUGGAUGGACUAGAGUCAAGUGGAACUCCGUAUGAUGGCCCUUUGGAAUUUUCCACUACAGGAUGCGCCCCAUAUCAUUGCGCUUCUAAAAUGCCAAAGCGGUUCGGUCACUUAAAGCAGGUACCCGACGCGAAGCUGCCAGCAUGGUGCUCAGGCGCUGCCCGACGCAGUGCAGAGCUGCGCACAGAAAACAGCCCCGAACUCGGAGGCAUCAGCAGCACUCGGUUGCUCAUCCAGCUCCUGCACUUUCUCACAGCUGGCUACAGUGGCAUAUCCUGA